AACUCGGGCGACCUCCGGGGGUCUUUGGGCACCUCCGUUCUCCGCCGCUCCCCAUCCCCACAAGGCCCAACAUGGCCGCCGCGUUGCCGCGGUAACGGUCACUUCCGGCGGCGCCUCUACUUCCUCUUCCGGCCAAGAUGGCGGCGCCCACGGCGGGGCCGCCGCCGGUGCUGCGGAUCGCGGCCGAGUGCGGGCGGAGCCGCGCCCGGGCCGGGGAGCUGCGGCUGCCGCACGGCGCCGUGCCCUGCCCCGUGUUCAUGCCCGUGGGCACCCGCGGCACCGCCAAGGGCCUGACGGCCGCGCAGCUGGCGGCGCUGGGCUGCCGCAUCUGCCUGGGCAACACCUUCCACCUGGGCACGCGGCCGGGCUCGGAGCUGGUCCGGCGCGCCGGGGGCCUGCACGGCUUCAUGGACUGGCCGCACAACCUGCUGACGGACAGCGGGGGGUUCCAGAUGGUGUCGCUGCUGCGGCUGGCGCGGGUCUCGGAGGAGGGGGUUCUCUUCCAGCCCCCCCACGGCGGGGAGGAGAUCCUGCUGAGCCCCGAGAGAUCCAUGGAGAUCCAGAACGCCCUGGGCGCUGACAUCGUGAUGCAGCUGGACGACGUCGUGAGCAGCACCACGACGGGGCCGCGCGUCGAGGAGGCCAUGCACAGCCAUGACCCAGCGGGACGUGAUGGGUUCCGCACUGGGGCUCGAGGAGAUCCAGGGGGCUCAGGAGUGAACUGGGGGUCCCAGGGGUGGUCCCGGGGUGAUCUGGGGGUCCUGGAGGAGGCUCAGGGAUUAAUUUGGGGUAAUGUGGGGGGUCUCCACCCCCUCCCAGCCAUGACCCAGCGGGACGUGCCCGGUUCCACACUGGGACUCGAGGAGAUCCAGGGGGCUCAGGAUGGCUCAGGGGUGAUCUGGGGGUCCCGGGGUGAUCUGGGGGUCCCGGGGGGCAGUUCAGGGGUGAUUUGGGGGCGAUGUGGGGGUCUCCCAGCCAUGACCCAGCGGGACGUGCCCGGCUUUGCCAUCGGGGGCCUGAGCGGCGGCGAGGCCAAGGCGCGGUUCUGGCGCGCGGUGAAGCUCAGCACCGAGCACCUGCCCCGGGACAAGCCCCGCUACCUGAUGGGCGUGGGCUACGCCACCGACCUGGUGGUCUGCGUCGCGCUGGGCUGUGACAUGUUCGACUGCGUGUUCCCCACCCGCACGGCGCGUUUCGGUUCCGCCCUGGUGCCCUGGGGGUCCCUGCAGCUGAAAAAUCAGAAAUUCGCCAAAGAUUUCCGGCCCAUCGACGCCGACUGCGGCUGCCCCACGUGCCAGAGGUAUUCCCGGGCGUACCUGCACGCGCUGCUGCGCUCCAACACGGCGGCGCUGCACCUGCUCACCCUGCACAACAUCGCCUACCAGGUGGGCAGGGGGCUCGGGGGGGCUCUG